UAAGACAAUUUUACGCUAGGCGCGCCUGAAAGCAACUUACCAAAAAAAACCUCGUCAAAGCAGACAAUCAGAAAAGUAAAAUAUGGACAGGGGAGGAGAAAAUGGCGUCACCAUCGGUCGCCGUAAUGGAGGGGUUGAGAGUUGGAAGAUUUGGAAGACGGGAAUUGAAUCAAACAUAUAUCGACGACCCCUUUCAUAAAUACUUCUCCCUCUUCUCUCCUUCCAAUCAUCCACGCAUGUGUUUACCUUUCUUUCUCCCUCACACAGAUUUACACAACUCCGAGCAAUUCUGUUUUGUUUUGUUUUGUUUUUCGAAGAUGAAAUGAAUGAAUUAAUGUUUCGAAAAAGAGAGAGGUCGCAGGGGGCUGUUUCGGAAUGCUGAAAAAUAUGGUGAAGACCCGAAGCAGCGGCAGAAGCGGCAGAGUUUCACCCAAAUGGAUCCUCGUUUUAUCGCUCCUCAGUUUCGCCUUUGGGAUGCUCUUUUCCACCAGAGUAUGGGCUCCUCUUGAAAUGGAUGAUGGCAGGAUGUUGUUUGGCCGCCGAAUUAAGCAACAAAAGCUCGACGAUUGCGACACCACUGUUGAUCAGGAGAAGAAGAGAGUAAUUGGUGACUUCAGCAAAGUCCAGGAAACCACCGAAGACCUGGGCAAUUCAUUUCCUCAAGUUCGAGAUGAGCUACAGUUGUCUAGGAGUUCUGAUAACGUGGAAAGUUUUGGUAAGCUGUCUGCCACUGUCGGUGAUAAGUCUGAUGGAUCGAGGACAAGGAAGAAAGCUUUUAUGGUUAUUGGAAUAAACACAGCCUUCAGUAGCAGAAAGAGGCGCGAUUCUGUUAGACAAACAUGGCUACCUCAAGGCGAGAAGCUGCUUAAAUUAGAAGAAGACAAGGGAAUUGUUGUGCGAUUUAUGAUUGGCCACAGUGCAACAUCCAAUAGCGUUUUAGAUCGAGCAGUUGAUCUGGAAGAUGCUCAGCACAAAGACAUUCUCAGGCUUGAGCAUAUAGAGGGAUAUCAUGAACUCUCUGCAAAGACAAAAUCUUUCAUUUCCACUGCCUAUGCAAGAUGGGAUGCUGAGUUCUAUGUCAAGAUUGAUGAUGAUGUUCACGUCAACUUGGGUACACUUGCUGCAACUCUUUCCCGACACCGUCUCAAACCCAGGGUGUAUAUUGGUUGUAUGAAAUCCGGACCAGUUCUUUACAGCAAGAAUGUGAAGUACCACGAACCUGAGUACUGGAGAUUUGGAGAUAUGGGAAAUAAGUACUUCAGACAUGCAACUGGACAGAUAUAUGCCAUCUCAAAAGAUCUGGCAAAGUUCAUUUCCGACAACGAGCAAAUCUUACACAAGUAUGCAAAUGAAGAUGUAUCCCUAGGGGCAUGGCUGAUUGGUCUUGAUGUCGAACACAUUGAUGACAGAAACAUGUGUUGUGGAACUCCGCCAGAAUGCGAGUGGAAACUUCAAGCAGGGAAUGCAUGUGUGGCAUCAUUUGAUUGGUCUUGCAGCGGAAUCUGCAAAUCGGUGGAGAGAAUAAAGCAAGUCCAUGACAAGUGCAGUGAGGGCGCCGAGGCUCUCUGGGGGUUACCUCUUUUGACAAGUAAGAAGUAGCAUAUAUACUUAAUAUACUUGUAUACUAGGGAGAAAAACUGUCAAAGUUGCCCCAAUAUAUGGGGAGAGAUAUGAAAGAGAAACCAAGUCCAAAUUUUGAGGAGGUACGUUAAUGCACAAUGAGACCUGAAUUAUACAUAUGCUGUAGUGAUCUCUAGUUCAAUUCAUUCAGACGUUUUUGCAGCUUUAUGUGGGUUUUUACUUUUUUUUAAAAAAAAAAAUUAUGUAUUUCUGUGAUAGUAGUCUCAGCUUUGUAAUAGG